UGGUGCUAGAUGUUCUAUCACCUACUAGCCCAUCCCUAUCCUACCACCAGUCGCAUGCCCUUAUGCAAACCAAGAACUUCUGUUGUGGUGUCCUAGUGUCAAGCACCCAUGGAGAACACUAGUAGCAACAAUAGCUUGUUCAUGUCUGCAAUAGGCAUGGCAUAGGAUUGGGUGUUGGGCUUGGCUUGGUGUCAACACAUCUAAUGGCAUCUUCCCUAGGAGGGGAUGGGACCUUGGGUGGCGGCGCAACAGCUGCAGAUAUAGAAUUAGAGCUCCGACGCCUCCUUGUUGACGGGCAAGAGACCAACAUCACCUUUGCCAAAUUUCCAUAUUAUCUCAGCGAGGAAAUGAGGCUAGCGCUCAUGUGUGCAUCAUUCCCCUACCUAAGUCAAACUAUUCUGCCAAAGCACAUCAAAGUAUUCAAGGACUCAAGCCACACCAUACUACUUUGUGGUCAAUCAGAGACAUGUCUGCGGUCACUUGCGAAGGCCAUUGCCAACCAAUUCAAUGCACGCUUGUUAGAAUUGGAUAUCUUUGAGUUCUUACAUCAGAUCCAACACAAAUAUGGUGGCUCAAGCAAUGCACAGGUUCCUAUAAGAUCCAAAACUAUGUUAGCUUUGGAAAAAGUGUAUGAUUUUGUUGGAUCUUUAAGCAUAUUUUGCAAGAAUGAUGAAUCAAAAGGAUCAGUGGACCAUGAAAAGGAUAAUCUUGACUUAAAGACAAGAUGUGUUCAUUGUAAGAACAUGCAGUCAGUUGGGAAAUACACGUCCUCAGUAUUAGAUGAAAAGAACAAAGACUCUGAAUCUAGUGAUGAUGAUGACGAUGAUGAUGGUGAUGGUAGUGGUGGUUUUGGUGUUCCAUUCUGGAACUUGGAUGUGAAAACUCUCCUGCAGUCCCUUUACAAGAUCAUUGUUUCGGCUUCUGCAUGUAGCCCAGUUGUUCUUUAUAUCAGGGACGUUGAUAUUAUCCUUCGUAGUUCACCGAGAGUACUUUGUAUGUUCCAAAAGAUGUUGAACAAACAAUUUGGAAAAGUUUUGAUAAUCGGUUCGCACUUUCUUGAUGCUAAUCAAGAUAUUGACGACAUUAAUAAGGAUCUAACUGAUCUAUUCCCAUACAUCUUGGAGACUAGGCCUCCCAACGAAGAGGCUCAUCUCCAGAGAUGGACAAGACAAAUGCGAAUUGAUAUGAUAAAAGCUCGGGAUGAAAUCCUUGCACAUCACGUUGCAAGUGGUUUGUCAUGAUACAAUUUGGAGUGUGAUGAUUUGAGUUCUAUCUCCCUAGAUGAUUAUGUAGAAAUUGCAAGUUACCUAGAAGAUAUUUUAGCCCCAGCUGUCGCAUAUCAUUUCAUGAAUAACCAGGACCCUAAGUACAGAAAUGGAAGGCUUAUUCUAUCUUCAACGAGCUUAUGUUAUGGAUUAAGAAUUUUUCAAGAAAGUAACCUUGAGAAAGAUUCAGUUGAAACAAAAGAUGACUCAAAGGUCACUAAAUACAAUGAAUAUGAAAAGCGGAUAAGAGAAUUAGUGAUCCCUGCUAGUGAAACCGGAGUGACAUUUGAUGACAUUGGAGCACUAGCUGAUAUCAAAGAAUCAAUUCGAGAGCUUGUUAUGCUUCCACUUCAACGACCUGAUCUCUUCAAUGGUGGUCUAUUAAAACCAUGUAGGGGAAUUCUAUUGUUUGGACCACCUGGAACAGGUAAAACUAUGCUUGCCAAAGCUAUAGCCAAUGAAGUUGGUGCUAGCUUCAUGAACAUAUCAAUGUCUACUAUCAUGUCAAAAUGGUUUGGAGAGGCCGAGAAGAGCAUCCAAGCAUUGUUCAGUCUAGCUACCAAAAUUGCACCAUCCAUCAUUUUCAUGGACGAGGUAGAUAGCAUGCUAGGGACACGUGAACGUUCAAAUGAAAAUGAGGUGUCAAGGAGGAUCAAGAGUGAAUUCAUGACACAUUGGGAUGGAAUCUUGUCCAAACCAAGUGAAAAGAUUCUUGUCCUUGGUGCGACAAACCGGCCUUUUGACCUUGACGACGCAAUCAUAAGGCGGUACGAGCACAGGAUAAUGGUUGGUCUCCCUACUCUUGAGAGUAGAGAGCUAAUUUUCCAUAAGUUGUUAUCCAAAGAGAACAUUGAAAAUAUAGACUUCAAGGAACUUGGCAAAAUGACUGAGGGAUACAGUGGUAGUGAUCUAAAGAGUCUUUGUGUGGCGGCCGCUUAUCGUCCUGUUCGAGAGCUACUUCAGAAAGAAAAACAAAUGAAGAAGGACAAGAAGGAAAAGGAAGUACAAGGGAAGAAUGUGCAUGUUGAGAACUCACAAAAAGAAAAAAGCAAGAUGGAAAAGUCAAAAAUCAACAAAGACAUGAAAGCUAUUUCAGAGGAGGACGAUGAGGAUGAAAUCGAUGAGGUAAUCACCCUCAGGCCAUUAAUCAUGGAGGACUUGAAGCAGGCCAAAGAUGAAGUCUCUGCAAGCUUUGCUAUUGAUGGUGCAGUCAUGAAUGAGAUCAAGCAAUGGAAUGAGCUAUAUGGUAGAGGUGGGUCAAGGAAUAGGCAAAAGCUAACAUACUUCAUGUAGUAAAUGGUUAUGAGUUAUGUUGUCACCCUUGUUAUGCCUUUGAUUUGUAUGGAAAUAACACAAUGUUUGUGGUUGCCAUUCAAGUUGGCAUAUGUAGAUUGUUUUUUUUCUACAAGUGAAGAUAUUAUGUGUAACUGUUUUAUUGCCAACUAAAAUCUAAA